ACAAAAAUAAUUAAUGAAUAUCGAGAAAAUCGACGAAAACUGUUGUAAAAACGUAGUUACAUUACCUCAAGUGUGCUCCAGUCAUGUCACAAAAGAAGCCUUUGUACGUUGCGAAAACGUUUAACGAGCUGCAAGACAUGGGCGAAGUGAAAAUCUCCAAAACUCAAAGUGGAACAAGUGUCCUGAAUUCGAUGGCGAGACUCUUCAAAGAGGCGGAAGAGAAGAAUUUGGAAGGUGACGAGGAGAAAUCGUACGUCUAUUACAUCCGAUUCUUCAAUUUGCUGGAAUCUAUCAAGAAAACGCCGCAAUUCAAAAGUCAACGAGACCAAAUUACGACUUUGCUUGGCGGCCCAAAAGGCCUGGAACGAACUUUGGAUACGCUCGAGGUGAUUGCGGAAAAUUUACGACAACGAUAUGCCAAGCAAUAUCCAGAAUUAAAUCGAGAAUUCAUGGCAGAAUUGGCAUCUGCUGAAGAAAAUUUCCAAAGUCCGUCGUCACCAGUGAACGAAACGAUAAAAAUUCCCACAACUGUCAGUCCGAAGCAAUUUUACGAGCACAUCAAGGAUUGCGGAUUCAGUUUGUUGGUGAUCGAUUGUCGACCGUCGCGCGAUUUUGCCGCAUCCCGAAUCAAGUAUGAGCCGGUGCUGAAUGUGCCGGAGGAGAUUUUGGUGAAAGGUGUGACAGUGGGCAAAAUUGCGGGACAUUUGAAGGAUGCGGAAAAAGUUAAAUGGUCUCAGCGAUUGAUUAAAAGUCAUAUUAUUUUGCUGGAUCAGAGCAGUUGUGAGUUUGUGACGGAGUCGCCUGUGUGGGUCUUGAAUGAUGUGCUGCAAAAUUGGGAUAUGGAUUUUAAUAGAAAAGCUCCGAUUCAGUUGUUGUCGGGCGGAUUUGAGUCUUUUCAGUUGUAUUAUCCGAUGGAGACGACAGAUCCGCGUUAUAAACCGCCCCAAAAUUCGUAUGUGGAUGAGGGAUUCGACGACAUCCAGUACCCUGACUCCAUCUUCAAUACAUCAUUUUCGCCGAGAUCGACUUCGGGACGUCCUGUGAUAAAUCGCGACAGCAAGGCAAUCGCGUUGAAAACGUACGACGAAAAGGAAAAAUUCCUGAAAAAUCUCUUGGAGAGACGCAAAAAGAACUUGAAUGAGUCCAUUGAGAUUGAAAAGCUGCGUGUCGAUGCAGAAGCCGAUUGGAAAGCUAUCACGGAGAAUGAAACGCCGACACAUGAACCGAAUCGCAGCCAGGAAGUCCUUCACAAAAUCUACGAGCUUGAAAGUCGUGCGCGCGACAUCCAAAUCGAGGAUCAAAGUCUCAAGGAGAACGAACAGUCAUUCCUGGAAAUGUUGCCGGAAGAGGAAGCUGCCAAGCUGCAAGAAGAGGCGCAACGUCAAGAGGAAGAAGCGAAGGAGAAAGAACGGAAAAAGUUGGAAUACGAAGCAGCUCAGAAGCGUCUCGCCGAGGAACGUGAACGAAAAUUGAAGGAAAGCCGCGUCGUGCGAGAAAAAGUUCCGAAGCCAGUGCCGCCACCGCAACCGAAACAGCAACCUGCACGACCGAAACAACCUCACAUUCCGGACCGGAGUGCCAAACCGCAUUUUGAGCCGGUCUUCAUUCCGGAGAUAAAGAGAGAUUUUUCGCCCGUUCGCGGCGGCAUGGGUAGAGGCCUUACUGGAUUGAAAAAUCUUGGCAACACGUGUUACAUGAAUAGUAUUAUUCAGUGUCUCAGUAACACACAGGCCCUGUACGAGUACUUCAACGAGGGAAUGUACAUUAAACACAGAAAUGGACAAAGUUUGACCAAAUGCCGUAUUGCGGAGGAAGUAGCUGCUGUGAUAAAAGCUUUGUGGGAAGGACAUCGCAUGAUUUCGAGCAAAGAUUUGAAAGCGAUCGUUGGGCAGUACGAACGCAGUUUCAAAGGUCACGAACAACAAGAUUCCCACGAAUUUCUGACAAUUUUGAUGGAUUGGCUGCACUCUGAUUUGCAGGCGAUUUUCAAUGUUGUGCCCGAAAAUAACCUGUCGCCGUCGGACAAAGCGUGGUACGAAUUCACAAAGAACCGCGAAAGCAUAAUUUUGCGCUUGUUCUAUGGCCAGAUCAAGUCGACGGUGCAAUGUUCGCGAUGCCACGAAGAAAGUACGACAUACGACACGUUCUCGAACCUCAGUCUCGAAUUGCCUCAGAAUGCGAAUCGCACGGAUUUGCACAAAUGUCUCGACAUGUACUUCGAAGGCGAACAAGUUUCCGGCUGGAUGUGUCCCAAUUGCAAAGACACACGAGAUGCCGUGAAAAAACUGGAUAUUAGUCGAUUACCAGCAGUUUUAGUAAUUCACCUCAAGCGUUUUAACGUCAAUCACGAUCACGGCGGCUACAGCAAAAAACAAAAUUACGUCGAAUUUCCACUGAAGAAUCUCGAUAUGAGACAUUACUUGCCACGCAGCGAAAUGGUGAAUCACGUGAACAAGAAAACCUCAUAUAAUUUGUACGCGGUGUCAAAUCACUACGGUACCAUGGAGACGGGACAUUACACUGCCUACUGUAAGAGUCCCGCAUAUGACAAGUGGUACAAAUUUAAUGACCAGCAAGUGAGUCCCUUGGAGCCACGAGACGUCAACUCAUCCGCAGCUUACAUUUUGUUCUACGAAAUGUCGAAUCCCGUGCGAUAGUUUCGGGGUCAUCGUCAAAAAAUAUUUUAAAAUGUACUGAAUUUAUUAACAUAAUGUGCCUAAUAGUCUUUUUAUUAUUAAAAAAAACGUUAUUUGAAAUAACCGCAUCGAGUUCCCCGCGCAUUUCCUUACUCUUAAACUUAGUUUUUAAUACAACUACGAAAUUUGAUGUAGAACAAAAAUAUUAUAAAGAAUAAAAACAUAUGAAUUGUUAAACGAAAUUGGUUUUUUUAAUUAAAAAAAUUAUUUUUUAUUAAAUUUAGGCCGCUCCAA